UUUGAACGGAAAAAAAAAAAARRAAARGRAAAAAAAAUCAAAUUUUAAAAUCGAAGACUGUUCAUUUUGUCUGAUAAUCAAUCAAUAAUGCAAUCGAGUUGGAGCUGACUGAAGUUGAUUCUUCGUUCUUCUGUUGAUUUGAACAACUCCCGAGUUUUCUUGAAUUCUUCUGCGGAACUGUUUCUUGUAGGGAAUUUUGUUCGUUCCACUGUCUGUUUGGAAAACCCUAGAUCCUUCGUCUUUGUAGCAAUGGGGAGUAGGAAGGAGGAGGAACGGAACGAGAAGAUUAUAAGAGGCCUUAUGAAGCUUCCACCAAAUAGGAGGUGUAUCAACUGUAAUGGCCUGGGCCCUCAGUAUGUUUGUACAAACUUUUGGACUUUUGUUUGUAUGACGUGCAGUGGAAUACAUCGCGAGUUUACUCAUCGAGUGAAGUCGGUGUCAAUGGCCAAGUUUACUUUCCAAGAAGUUGAAGCACUUCAAAAUGGUGGUAAUCAGCGAGCAAGGGAAACCUAUUUGAAGGAUUGGGACUUCCAAAGGCAGCGAUUGCCAGUUAACAGCAAUAUUGACAAAAUUCGGGAAUUUAUAAAGAAUGUAUAUGUUGAUAGAAAAUAUGCUGGCGGAAGAACAUCCGAGAAGCCUCCAAGAGAUAUGCAGAGCCAUCGAAUCCAUGAAGACGAGACAAGGCGAGCCAGUUCUUAUCAUUCUUACUCCCAAAGUCCACCCUAUGAUUAUCAAUAUGAAGAUAGGAAAUAUGGAAAACAAGCUGCUUCACUUACCAGGAAACCUGGUUCUGAUCGAGGCCGAUAUGAGGGGAAAGUGUCUAGUUCAGUCUUUAGUCCUGGUCGCUUAAAUGAUCAAACCUAUGAGGAUAGGUUUGCUAACGAGGGGUAUGUCUCGAGGGUUUCAGACUUUUCUGUCUCUAGUGGAGGUGACCCUUUCAGAUGUGGUGCUCAAUCACCAAAUUAUCAAAAGGAUUCAGGAUUUAGCAGUCCGCCUUUUAACUGUGCUAUGGAUAUGCCUAAUGAAGAUACAAGACAUCAGAUAGGUAGYAUGUUUGUAGAGGCAAAUGCCCAUAGAGAUGCCUAUGGAAUGUCACGUCCACAGAGAACAAGGUCUUCAGGUAGCUUUGGCUCAAUAGACAGCAACUCGACAUCUCUGAAGUCAUAUAAUUCGGCUGGCUUAACAGAUAGCGUGUCGGAACCUGAGCAAAAUACACAGAACAACCUGGAUAGGCUGCAUAUUUCUCAGCAGUCGUCUGUUCCUGGAGUUCCCAUUAAUUUAAGUUUUUUUGAAGAACCUUUUGCACCAAAACCUGUCACUGCUGUAACUUCAACUGUUGACUUGUUCCAGUCACAAGCAUCAUUGCCUGCUCCACCGGUGGAUUUGUUUCAGUUGUCAUCUGCAUCACCAUCUUUCUCCGAAUAUCAACCUCAACAUAUAUCACCACCUCAAUCCCUGCAAUGCUUUUCYGAGAGUGAUCCACAGCAUUCAGCAACAUUGGAUAAAAUGCCAUUAGAAUUAGCAGUCCCCAAAAAUGAAGGAUGGGCCACAUUUGAUUUACCUCAGGCAGUACCAUCUGUUCCUAGCUCUGUUAAUGUUAGUGCUGUAAAGAAUCCUUCCAAUUUUGGAAAGCUCGACCUUCCUUCCAAUGAAGGUGCUUUGGAUAAGUUUGAUCCUUUCUUAUCUUCUAAUUCUGGGGUUCAGUGGCAGUCCACUCCAAAUUAUGUUGCUCAUGAUUCUUCUUCAUCAACUAGCCAAUGGCAUAAUGAUUUGCCUAAUGCUCAAGCUCCUGCUGAUGUGACGGGCACCAAUGUAAGCAGAAUCUCCCUGACAACAAAUGUCCUGGUGUACCAGGAGUCUUGGAAUGCUUUCGAAGAUGCUACCACACACCUGUCCCUACAGGGCAGUAAGCAAAGUAUCGAGCUUCAAGUCCCAGGUCAAGAGUUCUUGCCUUCUUCCGAUGGCCAUUUGUUUUUUGGAGUUACAGAGGGAGAGAKAGCUACACAGUUAUCCAGUCAUAAGUCGACAAACCCAUUUGACCUUCCAUAUGAUCCAGAAUUGGAGCAAACAAAUAUGUUUCUGGACAUGAGCUCGUUGCAAGCUGCUCUCCCUAAUGCACAUUUGCCAUCCACCUUAGUUGGUGGUUCUGAAUCAUGGUUUCCUCAAAAUCCAGCAUCACCAUUUCUUCCAACUUCCGGACAAGGUGGCUUAUCACUCAUGGCAGGCCAAACACCAGUCUCCCAAAUAUCGAACAUCACCCCACAGGAAUCUGUUGCUUCAAUCGGAGGAAACCCUUUUGCAUAAGGAUAAUGGUUAUUCAUAGGCGUAGCGUUUUCCCUUUCUCUCAGUAUAGAAGGUUUUCAAUGCACAAUUAUUAUCCAUUAGUUUGUGUAUGAACUUACUAUUAUUAUUGUUAUUAUUAUUAUUUUCUGUUUGUAUUUUUGUUCAUUGAAGAUAUCAUCUGUAAUCUGCAUCGCAGUGCCCUGUUUUUCUAGUGUAGCCACUUGCCUCGUUAUAUUUUAGUUGUAUUUGUUUGCCAGGUUCAAUAUCCCUUUUCUA